CUUGAGUAGAAGUCUAUAAUAUAAAAAAUAUAAAAUAUUCACUGUCUUAUUUCAUAGGUUUGCUAGGCCCAGAUCCUUCACGUCAUGGUAUACCAGAAUACCGAUCUCGAGGCUUGCUCCCUACCCCUGGCCCACCGCUUGACCCCACGCGCUUCCUAGGACUUCGGGGAAGGUUUCCACUACCAGGCGGUCCCCGUAUGAGACAUCCUAUGCCCGGACAGAGAAUACCUAGACCCAUGGGUCGAGGUGGAAUGCCGAAUCGAUUUCCUCUACCUAACCAAAAUCAAGUAAGUUGAUGAGAUUUGUAUUUGGUUGUUUUGGCAGGUGCCUCAUGAGGUGGUUUUGGAUGUGGAACAUUUUUGCUUGUAUUUUUCACUGACAGCUGAAAAAUGUAUCAACUGAUACAUGUCGGUGACGAACGACGAAACAGCAAUGCGUAGCCAUGGCAACUCGUCAUGCUAUGCUAACAAACCUGCAUCAAAAUACAGGUUAAAGACAAUACAUUUCUAAAGAUUCAUGAAAAAUGUGCAUAGCAUGACCUGUUGCUAUGACUAGCUUCGCUAGUAAUGUGGAACUGACAUCUCGCAAAAUAACUAUCAUUUCUAAACUAUUCUCCCUAGAGGUCCAGUUAGGGUCCUGUCAUAUAGUGAGGCGGAUAUGUGUAAAAUUAUUGAUCAGUAGUUCCCGUUGAGGUUAAAAGCAUCAAACUUUUACAAUUGAUGUAGUUUUAUUUGCUUAAUAGAUAUUUGAAGUGGGGCCAUCGCUAUUUUGCUGCUAACUCCUGAAAACGGGUGAUUAGUGAUUUUCUUCUAUUGAAUUCUAUUAUAGCCAAAACAUGUGAAAUUUUGUAUUCAAUUACAACAAAUAUGACUUGCAUCAUCAGAAAGCUUAUAGGCAACUACCUAAAAAUACAACAAUGUAGUGCCAGGGAGUUCGCCACAGGUUCCCCCAAUUACGGUGAUCCCUUAAUAUUUACAUAAAAAAAUACGUUCAAAUAAUUGAUUAACGAAACAGACAAAGUAUAACAACACAAAUGCAAAACGGCUAAACUGACAACAAAAAAAAAACAAAAAAUAAAAAACUGCAUAUACGACAUUUAGACAGUUUUUUGAUUUCUGAAAUAGUUUUCGAAUUAUAAACUGUUAAAAACGCAUUUUCAAACAUCGAAUAAUUAAUUAGGGACUUUUAGCGAGAUAAUGUGCGUAAUUUACAGCAAUAACCAUUUGAAGAAUCAAAAAACUGUUUAAAAGUCUUUUAUGUAGUUUUUUACAAGCUUUCUGAUGAUGCAAGUUAUAUUUGUCGCGAUUGAAUUCAAAAUUUCACAUUUUUUGUUGUAGUAAAAUUUAAUAGCAAAUAAUGCUAAUAGCAUCGUAACUCUCUAAAAAAAACAGUUUCACGAUGGCCCCACUUUUGCAUGUUGUUCUACUCAUAAAAAGAUGCUACUGUGCACAAUUUGGUGCUUUUAACCCUCUUCGGAAACAUCCAUGCACAUAUCCGCCACACUAAUACUUCCAGCGUUAUAACAGGACAAAACCGGAAUAUUAGAGAAAACAUGACAUGUUUGUAGAUAUGAUAAAACUAUUCCCUCCGUGGCUUAUUGUGUAUUAAUUGACCUCUCCCUAGGAGUCAGGCGACGAAUACUACAGUAGUGACGGAGAUGCUCCCAGUGGACCAUUUCCAGGGCGUGGUCGGGGCUCCCGUCCUCGAGGUGGGCGUGGUCGAACCCUAUGUAGACACUUCUUUACCCAGCGUGGCUGUAUGCACGGGAAUAAUUGUACAUUUAUGCAUCCGCGUGGCCCUCCAAACGGUCCGCCUGCAUAGCAGAGAUGCAUGUGAUCCACCUGUUCGACAUACGUCUGAUAGCCGCGAGCUACACGCCAGGAAGCUGCCAAAUUAUUCGGUACCAGCCUGUUCUCAGUACCGUUCAGCAGCUACAUAGUCGUUUGGACUGGCUAGAAAUGAGCGUCGUGUUGUUCAAGCCUUGUUAAAUAAAUGCGCUGUUAGCCUGCGCGACGUUUCGUUCGCAAAACUGCGAAUUAUGCUGUUGUACAUUAGAUGUAACCUGGUUGCCGCUGCUAUUUGUGUAAUGGGCUGGUUGUUCAAAAGCUGGUUAGCUGAACCCUAGGUUAACCUAAAAUUCACAGGAAACUUCAAAACAGCUUGUUUGUAAACUUGAAAUAUUUCUUCAGAAAUCUGGUGUGGACCGAUGAGAGUUUAGUUUUCUGACGUUUUGAAACAAACACCGGAUAUGCAGAAAUACAUAAACUAAAACAGCAGAUUCAAUUUUAACCCAGGCUUAGCGUUAAUCCUGCUUUGAACAACCGACCUCAGAUCAGUAUUUAGUGAUAGUAGAGCGACAUUGCCACUCUAUUACAUCCUACAAUCGUCCACACAAUAUUUGACACAACCACCCCACCCCCUCUCCCCCAUCUCAAUGUUGUUUUGUGGUGUAAAAUUGUUUUAUUCAAAUUCAUGAAUUAGAUUUUGAAUGCCAAUACUCGCGUAAAAACGCACAAGUUGUAACAAACUUGCAGCAGACUUGUAGCAAUGCUGUUCCAACAACUUGUCAACAGGAUGUAUUCGCACUGCUUGUUCCCAGCUUGUUGACAUCUUGCUACAAGGUUGUCGAGCUCAACAGACUUGUCACAAAUUGUUCCAAAAAAAUUGUUAUAGUCCUGCAAUUCAACAAUUUGUCAACAACAAAUUGUUGAAUAACAGCAUUGUUACAACUUGUUGACAAACUUGCUACAAGCCUGUUGCGAACACAUCUUGUUGACAAGUUAGGACACUUGUCCCAUCACGUGAUAUUCCUGUGAGGAAGGUAAUAGCAUUUCAACAUUGAAACAUGAGGAAUGGGCCGGAGUGGAUUACAAAUGUCUCUAUGUAGUUUGUGGACGAUCGUAUGUGUCACCUUGACAUUACUGCGAGGACCAAAUUGAAACCAGGCUAAUUUGAACAGUCUGUCAAGGAUCAUGUAUACUUAUUGUGGGGUCAGUGAACUUGUGCUUCAUGAAACGUGUAAAUUACUUAAAUAUAAUGAAGUUAUAAACUUCAUAUUGAAGGCUUUAAUAAUUUGAAACCGCGUUCAGGGGGAAUUUUUUGAGAAUUUUUUUAUCGACAAAUAAUAUAUAUUUAUGUACAUAUCUCGAAGUGUUUGAAUUGAUUUUGAGACCGCGG